UUUGAACGCCACCCAGCCGGGGCACGCGGCUGGAGCACUCCCGGCCCUUGCCUGCACGCCAGCCUCUGCCCCCGGACCCGGAAGGCCGAGAAGGAGCCUCGGGGCUGCAACCCUGCGCGCCCGCCAUGGGCCCGCGCCGCCGGAGCCGCAAGCCCGAAGCCCCAAGGAGGCGCGCCGCGAGCCCGGCUCCCGCCGCCCCCCGGCCGCGCCCCUCCUUAGGCACUUCCGCCCGUCCGCCUACUCGCCGGAGAUACCGGGUUCUGAAGGAGAUCCGAACUCUUCAGAAGAGCACACACCUGUUGUUAAGGAAGAGCCCCUUCUGCCGCCUGGCAAGAGAAAUAUGUGUUACAUUCACUCGUGGUGUGGACUUCAAUUGGCAAGCUCAGGCCCUAUUGGCCCUACAAGAGGUAAGAAGGGGGCCAAAGUGCAGUUGGGUGAGGGGUGAGUAUGGGGGAAAGGUGAGGCUGAAUGUCACCUCCUUGAAAAGAGCAACAAGGAACGCCCAGGGUUUGGAGGCUAGAUUCUUGUUUGGUAGCAGUGGAAUUCCCAGGCGAAGUUCAGACUUGUUCGGUGAACAGUCUUUCCCACAGUCCUUUGAGCCCUUAGAGACUGAGUUUAGCAGGUCUCACAGCAAAAAGCAGCCCAUGCCCCCUCGUCUGUAUCUGUCUUUCUGCUUCUCUUUCUGUCCACAGGCGGCAGAAGCAUUUCUGGUUCAUCUCUUUGAGGAUGCCUAUCUCCUCUCCUUACAUGCCGGCCGCGUCACUCUCUUCCCAAAGGACGUGCAGCUGGCCAGGAGGAUCCGGGGCAUUCAGGAAGGGCUCGGCUGAGCUGCCGCCUGACUCUGUAAGCCUUUCCUGCUCACCAGAGAGGAUGAUACCAGGGACUCUGCCUGUAGCAAGGACCAGAUCUACGGAGUACAAGGUGCGGCCUGGACUUGCUGUCUCUGAGCAGAGUGUGCGUGUUGCUUUUGUAAUUAGUUUUUUUAAGGAGAAGACUGCAUGGCUUUCCUCUGUAACAGAGGUAAUACAUGAGAGAAUCAACACAUUCCAAAAGUCCUGAGAAUAAUUUUCAGAUGAAGAGACUCCAAUGUUGACUUCACUUUGCAUAUUAUUCAUAUGACUAUUUGAUGAUUUGGAAGACAUCAGAUUUUCUAAGUUAUGGGAGAAGAGGAUAUUUACUGAUUAUUUUAGAUCUUUCUGUACCAUUUAAAUUUUUUACCAUAUGUAUACUUACUUUUAUUUAAAACAUAAGGGAAAAUAUAAGAGAGCACUUCAGUUAGUGGCAUGGAAGAGCCUGGCAUGUCCAACAUACAAAUCUCUGUCCUUCAGAUUGACUUCAUCAUUAGUGGCAACAGCAAGCUCCUGUGUGGACUGUGCUUGUCAACAGAUUAUGUAGCUUUUCAAAAACUCAGUUGGGAUGAAAGUAGAAAAUUGUUAAGGUUUGAUGUUCUGGCUCCUUCUGGUAAAUUCCUAUCAAAAUCACUCAGAAAUUCUAGCUUGUAGAAUUUAUUUCAUUCUUACAUGAAAAUCUUAGAAGAUGUAUCAUAAUUUAUACUUCAGAAUUUUUCAUUCCAGGAUUUUAAAGAGCCUUUUCAAUGUUUUUAGAGGUAUAUUUUAUAACUUCCUUGUGGAGAGAUAAUAAAAAUAAAAAUAAUUCUUUAAUGAGAAAAAUUUAAAGCGAAAUGACUGUUAUACAGAGAUUAUACUUUGUUCUUUGUGUGUUAGUGUCAAGUUCUUCAUCUGGACACUGUUUGCCAACAGCCGCAAUGUAAACAAGAGAACUGAAGGAUGUGUUUUUGCCUCCAGUGGAGUAGAGUAUGAGCAGAUAAAAACCUUGGCUUUCUCUUGUAACUGAAAGCAGUUUAAGAGAUUUCCAGAGAAAUGGGAAGUGCCACCAAAGACUUGUAGAUAUUGUGUGUGGUGAGAAUGAUUAGUGAGGGUGGAUACUAAUAAUGAUGUGUCAGCCGACUGAAUUCAGAGACAAAGUAAAGGGAGGGACCAAGUUCUGUUGUUUGAUAAAUUUUAACCCUUUGGAAAAACCUUUUCCUGCUCGACAUCAGCUUAUUUUUUUGUAGACAUUGGAAUAAAGCUUAUCUAUCUAUGAAUA